AUGGCCUCCUCACAGGCAUCAGGCCAGCGACUAUGGUCAGACUCUUUCUCUACACUCCCUUCCGAGAUCAACAUUCAGGUACUACAGUACCUUUCCCUCCACGACAUACGGCCUGCCAUUGUGUCUUCACUUAUACUGUUGAGGACCUUGGAAAGCAAUCGCCAGUAUAUUCUGGGGCCACACUUGCCUAGGCUCCUCCUCACUUACGGUGAUGUCUCAUCACUUCGUUUGGCAGCAGCGGCUAUGCAUCUUCGCAGACUGCAUUCUAAGCACGAGGGGAAUACCAUCACGGUCCUAGAAAAGGAGGUCGAGCCUGUUCUGGACUCCAUCUUACGGUGGAACGCCAGAACGACUGAGGAAAUGGGCGAUAUCAGGUUUUACAUGCUCAUCGCAGCGCAAGAGCUCCUGCCCGAGAUCAUCGGCGCUUUCACAAUGGGCCCGUGGGAUAUCCAUCAAGGCCAAUUCCACUAUCAGAGAGGGGGCUCGCUCUGGCAGGACAUUGCCCCCUUGGGCUUAAGGAAAGUAUUCAUCGACGGAUUCCUAAGAUUCGAUUGUUACCGGAGCAUCUUCUACCACAAAGACCAAGAGCUGUUGCAGAAUCGCGCUGGAAUCAAAGAUGCCUUCUUGGAUUCAUUUCCUAAGUUUCCUAGAUUCGAUGACAAGAUUCUGCGAAUGUAUCCUCAUUUGAUCCUAGGCAAGAUCCGCCGCCGAUAUAACCAAAUGUUGAUAGACAUUAAUUACUUGGGUGCGCGCCACUUUCUAGGGAUUGUCUGGUCACCGGGGGUGUGGAAUGACGUCUUGCCAAUAGUCCGCAGUGUUGACUAUCGGAACUGUACUGGGACACAGCGCGCUUACUUUUUGUAUCGUCUUGCCCUUCAGGGCUAUCCGAAACUUGCUUUCUUUGAACAGCUCUCCCUUGAGAAGCUUUCGGAUACCAUGAUGGAGGAAUUUGAGCAACUCGUUACCUCGAACCCAGAGGGUCUUGAAGCAUGGGCGACCGACAAGAGUCAUUAUAACAAUAUCCAACGACAUUUCACUCUCUGGAGCAGUAACAGUCAGGAGCAGGAUGGGGAUACUUUGUAA